AUGGCAAAUUAUUGGAGUCAUCCUCUAGGUGUCCUCACCUUGGUUGCCCACGUUCUCCAAUGCAUCAGUGCAAUCGUUGUCCUUGGCAUCACAGCAUGGGCAGUCAGAGAGACCAAAACCGUCACAGUCAUUUUUUCCCUGGUGGUUGCAACGUUGACGUUGGUUGCUUUUGCUGUGUCCACCGGAAUUAGCUGCAUCGGGAGACGUCGUCGAUGGCAGAUUUUGCCUAUAUACUUCACUGACAUGGCACUUUCCUACCUAUGGCUCACGGCAUUCAUUUUCCUGGCGCUUGACUUCAACCGAUUCAGCUGCCGAGUAAACCGAUGGAAUGGCGAGAUUGUCUGCAGCAGGCAAUAUGCAGCGGAGGCUUUCAGCUUCAUUGCAUUCUUUGUCACCCUGGGAUCUGUCCUCUUCCAGUUCUUCUACGCCUACACCGGCCAGGAUUUCAUUACACGUCCGACUGAAGACAGCAGAGCGGAGGAGCAGCUAUCUCAAAACCUUGAAGUGGCUGGUGUGCUUUAG